UCCUAGGCUUGGGUGGAGGCUUCGGAGGAACAUAAUCCUGAUCGCCCUGAAGACAGAACAGAUAGUGUUCUCUUUUUUCACGUAAUUUAAGAACUGUACCUUAUCUUUCUUUGUCUCAAUCAAAUUAUCGAUUUACUUUGAUCUUCAGCAUAGUGCUAGAUGGCGGAUACACCAGAGUUCGACCCUGCCCUUGCGCUUUCUCACAAAUUCCCUGAUACCACCUACUCAUAUACUGAAAGAGAUUCAGCACUUUAUGCCUUAGGCAUAGGGGCAUGUGCUUCCAACGCUGUCGAUGCCGAUGAGCUUAAAUUUGUUUACCAUGAAGAUGGUCAGGAGAGUAUCAAGGUUUUGCCUACAUUUGCUGCUAUAAUUGCACUUGGAUCUGCAGCAUUCGAUCUCCCUGGCUUGCAAUUUGAUCCACGCCUUCUGCUGCAUGGUCAACAAUACAUAGAGCUGUACAAACCAUUUCCUUCGAGCUGUCAUAUUCACAAUAAAGUCAGUCUUGCAGGAUUACAUGAUAAAGGUAAAGCAGCAAUUUUGGAGGUUGAAACAAAAAGUUAUGAGAAAGAAUCUGGUGAUUUAUUAUGCAUGAACAGGUCCACUGUCUAUCUACGGGGUGCUGGUGGCUUCUCAAACUCGUCUAAACCAUUUUCUUACUCAAACUACCCCUUGAACCAGACUUCAGCUGUAAAAAUUCCUGAUAGUAAACCCUUUUCAGUGUUUGAAGAUCAUACCCAAGCAUCUCAGGCGUUGCUCUAUAGGCUAUCGGGUGACUACAAUCCUCUUCAUUCUGAUCCCAUGAUUGCAAAGGUUGCUGGAUUCUCGCAACCAAUAUUGCAUGGGCUAUGCACACUAGGAUUUGCAGUUAGGGCAAUCAUCAAGAACAUAUGUAAAGGAGAUCCCGACAUGAUAAAAAGCAUAGCGGGGCGUUUUCUUCUUCAUGUGUACCCGGGUGAAACUCUAGUUACUGAGAUGUGGCUUGAAGGUUUGAGGGUUAUUUAUCGGACUAUGGUCAAAGAACGCAAGCGGACUGUCCUUUCUGGCUAUGUUGAUCUGCGUGGUUUGACUUCAUCACUGUGAAGGAGUUCAAUUGCAUGUAAUGCUAGUUCGAAUUUUUUUGCACAGGGUUUGCUAUUAAGCUAACUGUGUAUUCAAUAAUCGAAUUUUUUUGCACAGGGUUUGCUAUUAAGCUAACUGUGUAUUCAAUAAUAAGGCCCCGUUUGGAAGA